AUGCCAUUGAAAACUUAUCAACGAGACUUCAUUUCUUUCGCUAUUGACCAAAAUGCACUUCGUUUUGGAAGCUUCAAACUUAAAUCAGGACGCAUUAGUCCGUUCUUUUUCAACGCUGGGCAGUUUUACACUGGACGUUCCUUAUCGUUUCUUAGUCAAUGCUAUGCUGCAACACUAGAAGAUAUCGCAGUAGUUUCUUCUUUAGCAGAAUCAAAUAUAACAACAGUUGCUAGUAAUAAAAAUGAUUUAAUAAAAUAUGAAAUGAUAUUUGGUCCAGCCUAUAAAGGAAUUCCCUUGGUAUCUUCAACCGCGACAGCUCUCUACGAGAAAUAUCACAAAGAAAUUCCUUAUUCCUUUAACAGAAAAGAGAAAAAAGAUCACGGGGAAGGUGGUGAUAUUGUAGGGGCACCUCUAACCACGGGUAGUAGAGUAAUAAUUAUUGAUGAUGUGAUCACUGCAGGCACGGCAAUUCGAGAGAGUCUCGAAAUAAUUAAAGUCCACAAUGCUUUGGCGGUUGGUAUUAUUGUGGCGCUUGACAGACAAGAACGCGGGACCGGGGAAAAGUCUGCUAUUCAGGAACUAGAGGAUGAUUAUGGAAUACCGGUGAAACCUAUCAUUAAUCUCGAGCAGAUCAUUGAAUAUUUGACUGAAAAUGGUGGAUAUGAUGAACAUUUGGAGAAUUUGAAAAAGUAUCGAGAAGUUUAUGGAAUAUAG